UACUUUACAUUUUUCUAAAAGAAAUAAGUAUUGGCAACGGAUGGAAAGUAUAGAUUUGCGGCAGUCACUCCACGUCAGCAUUUGAAAACUCUUGUCAUGACUCAGGCAUGACUUGUACUUGUAGAUCACCCAACUAAGUUCACGUUAAUUAUACCUCAACAUAAAAAAACACACAACACGCACUCAAUUUUGACGUACAUGCUCUCGCCGCCGAUGCAGUUCCGGCGUGUAACCACCGAUACGUUGUCUGGCAGAGAGAUGGAUAACUGGUGGGCUUAAUUUAGUGUGAUUUGCAGAAUUUGAGUCACUUUUGUUAAAUGUGUUAAUGGCUAGUGUUAGAGAAAUUGAUCCAUUACUGAAGGAUUUGAAUGAGAAGAAUCAGAGUUUUCGGCGUAAUGUGGUGUCUCUAGCCACCGAGUUGAAGGAUGUGCGCAGCAGACUUGCUAGUCGGGAACAGUCCUUUGUUCGCGAAACCUUGACUAGACAGGAAGUGGAAACUAAAGCGAAGAAUAUGGAAGAAGAGGUAUGUAGAUUACGAAAGAGCUUGGAUGAGAAAAAUGGACAGCUUCAAGCAACAGCCUCUACUGCCGACAAGUACCUCAAAGACUUGGAUGAAAUCAGAAUACAGCUUGCAAGUACUCAAGAAAGUGCAGAUGCAAGAGCCGUGCUGGCUCAGACUUCGCAGCUCCAAUGUUUGGUUCUUUUGAAGGAAUUGGAUGAGAAAAAUAGCUCCUUAAGGGAGCAUGAAAUUCGGGUUCAUAAAUUGGGAGAGCAAUUAAAUGUUUUGCAAAAGGAUCUUAAAGCAAGGGAAUCCUCACAUACAGAACUGAAAGAUGAGGUAUUAAGAAUGGAACAGGACAUUAUGCAAGCGGUAGCUAAAGCUGGAUCAAGUGGUGAUCGGGAGUUGAGGAGGAUAUUGGAUGAGGUUGCUGCACCAAGGAAUUUUGACAAGAUUAAUAAGCUUUUGAGUGCUAAAGAUGAAGAAAUCUUGAACCUGAAGCGUGAAAUUCAUAUCUUGAAUACUCAUUGGGAGCUAAAAUCAAAGGAAUUAGAGUCACAGUUAGAGAAACACCGGAGAGCUGAUCAGGAAUUGAGGAAAAGGGUUUUAAAGUUGGAAUUUUGCCUCCAGGAAGCUCGUGCACAAACACGAAGACUUCAAAAAAUGGGUGAGCGACGAGAUAAAGCACUAAAAGAGUUGAGAGAUCAGUUGGCAACAAAGCAACAAGCCGAGGUUUCUGGUGUCGAUAAACAAAAUUUUUGGGAAAGCCCUGGAUUCAAGAUUGUAGUUACCAUGUCGAUGUUGAUCUUGGUCUUGUUUUCCAAGCGGUAAAUACUGCUUGUUUUAGAAUACUUGUUAAAAUGCAUUACUCUAUCAGAUAGAAGUCAAUUACUAGGCAACUCAGCAAAGCUGUAGAUAGCUGGCUUAUUAUACCGAUUUAAACAAUGGAGGGAUUAUUUAUAUUAGAUGGCCAACAUAUUAUUGUUUUGUUCCUCUAAAAUAAGAUGCAGGUGCAUCUUGCUGGCAUGUCGCUAUAGAUGUAAGAUUCACUGAUAAGUUUUUAAAAUUUAGUAUAAAUAAAAUAAGUGAGUUUUUUUUU